GCAACAGAAAUCUGCUAAACGCGAAACAAGUUGCGGCGUUUUUUCUGCUACUCGGGUCCUGUCCAUGCUGCUGGCUUAGUACGCAGGCAGGCAAGCAGCCAGUCAGACAGACAGACAGGCAGGCAGGCAGACAGGCAAGCAAAUAUCUAGGCAGUGCCAGGCAGGCAGUCGGCAGGCAGGUCGACAGUCCAGUUCGCAGUCUUCGCAGCGCAUAAAUCACAGUCUCACAGCCAGGCCGAGACAACGCACAGACUCAAACUCAACUCGAACUCAACUCGAACUCGAACGCAACGCAUCGGCAAGAAAGUGAAAUACCAAAAGAAAAACAUCGCAGUGAGGGUGCGUGUGUGCAUCUGUGUAUGUGUAUGCUUGGCAAAAAAAAGUGAAAGUGCGCAAAAAUGACUUGAAGUGCAAGAGUACAGAGCCAACCAAAAUAUAUAAACCAAUACAACCGCCCACACGUGCAAGGCUCCAAAUCGUGGCAUCGCCUUUUUUCUUCAGGUGGGCUGCUCAUAUAUGUGCUUCGAAAUGCCACCGUUUGCCAUGAAGGCUCAACAUCCAGCUGGCCCAAGGCGCACCACUUGGUUGCAGGUGUUGCAGGCGCCGUUCCUGAGCGCCGCAACGCCAUCUUGAAUGCCAGUGAACGCCCAACGCCCAAUACUGCCAUCCAUGCACAGGCCAAAGACAAUGUAAACGCCGGCGUUUAGCAUGUAGGCAGUUUUUUCUUCAUUUCCAAAAACAACCAAAACUACAAACCAGCCAGCCAACAACAAAUAAUCAAAUAGACAAAGUUACAUUUUUACCAAUACGAUAAGCAGCAGCAGCAACAGCAACAACAACACGCAUCGCAUUUUGUUCGUCAACAACAGCAAAGCAAAACAACAAGCCAACAUAAGGAUUCAAUAUCAAGAAAAAAUAAUUAGUAGCUUAUACUAACUACUAAAUAUACAUAUAUACUAAGCAGGCAGUCAGUCAGUCAGUCAGAAGUAACUUUCUGUUUCAGUUCCGCACAGAUUCCGAUUUGAAGCAAAUUUCAAGCGUCUGAAUUUGAUCUCGUCUCGAGUUGAGUUUUCCAAGUUUCGGUCCAACAAAUCUUGUCUCGGUCCACAUCUAACGGCAAAUUUUAGUUUUCUGCAAAUUCAGACGUAACUCUUUAGUUAAUUAACCAAUUUAAUGGUGCAUUUUGGCGUCGAACAUUUGGGCGAAUAAGUAAAAUAAAAACAAAUUACUAAAAACAAAAACAACAAAUUUGAAGAGAAAUUCAAAUCAAAACCUACGAAAUUACCUGAAAAUUUUUGAAACAACUGAAAAGUCUACGAGAGCAGCACGGAAGCACGAAGCAGAAAAUUAUAAGCCAAAUUUUACAUGUGCAAAAUCGCAUUAUAAUUAUUUACAACAAAAAAAAAACGCGAACAAAUUAUAGAGAAAAUUGAAAAUAAAAAAAAAAUACUUAAGAUCGUUUAGUAAAAAUUUUAGGAACACAAGAAAAUUAAAGCAAAUUAAUACCAAAAAUUGUUGUGAUGUGAUAUUUUUUCGAUAUAUUUUUAUUGUUCUGGUUACACCAUAUCGAGAAGUUAUCCAAUGAGAAAGCCGCUUAAAUUUUGGAGGAUCUAUGAUGAACGACGGAGAAAAAUAAAAACGCUUUGCUUGUGAAACACUUUUUGAGCGCAAGCAAGGAUUAUUCAAGACAAAACAACAAAAAUAAAGCCAAAACAAAAACAAAACGAAUAAAAAAAAAAUAAACAAACAAAAAAAUACGAAAACGAACAAAUUUCAACGCAAGUUCUCGACAAAAGAAGCCGAAAAACACUUUUAGAGAAUUAUAUAUCAAAGCGAAAUCUAACGACGAACCAAAUAAAGAAAAGCAAAAAAAAAAAAAUUAAACGAAGACCAAAACAAAAAGAGAAAAUAAAAUCAACACAAAUUUAAAUAACAUUAAAUGCAAAGGACAUUCGCAUGUGUGUGGUGGUGGAAAGAAAAUUCAAAACAAAAUUCACAAUUAGAAAACGCAGAAAAAAACGUAGAAAACGUAGACGCAAAAUCAACAGCAACAGCAACAACAGCAACUGCAACUGCAACUGCAACAAACUGUCAACAACAUUGCGAGCAAUUUUGAAUUGUACCAUUUGGACAAACAAGUUGAGCGAAAGCAAAAUUUCAACGUUUGGCGCAACUAAACGAAGACAGCGAAAACGAGGGAGAGAAAGAGAGAGAGCAAGCCCGUUACAAGGAUAAGUAACCAGAAGAAUUAGUAGUUCGGGCUAGCUACUAAGUUUUGAAGCAUAGCAAAUACGCACACACGUACACGCACACACACAAACACAGGCAGACAACGACAACUCGGACCUACAAACAACCAGCUAAAUCAUAAAGAAAAGGAUUACAGAUCGGACAACCGAGCGGACUUAAACUUGAAAUUACGCAUACGCCGAUUGAGCGUUACUGCGGCGAAUUACUAUACUAAGUUAAGGAGAGGAGCAGGAGAAAGCCGGCUACGACAACGCCGACAACAUCGCCAACAACCAAUCGAAGCCAAGGCGAAGUAAACGCUCUCUCAUUAGCUAACUGGAGAAGUGGCCUCCUGCAUGUGUGUGGCUGACGCUGUGAGAGCGCAAUCGAAAGUGCAAGAGAGCAACGCUGCAAAGGCAACGGAGAGGCAACGUGGAGAGGCGAGCGCGCGCUGCUGCUGCUGUUUGGCAUCAUCUUAUGAUGUCAUCAGAGGAGUACGACGCGGACUGUUUUGGUUUGUACAGCGAUGAGAACGAUGUUCUGCUAAAGGCAACGGCAACCACAUUGGAGACAGAGGCUGAGUGUAAGCUGCAACCCCCACAGCAGGCAAAGAGCGUAGCGAUUGCGCUGCCACCACCACCAACGCCGCAGCCACUGCAGGCAAGCAACGGCAACGGCAGCGGCAUCGGUCGCACAACACCAACACAGACAAACGGUAACGACGACGCGGCGAACUGCGGCGAAAACGUUAGCGAAGCGGAGAAGCAUUGCAAAGGCAGAGCAAGCGACUCGGACGACGACGGUAACGACGAGGGCGACUCUGACUCGGACGACGUCGUCGUAAUCGAAGGCAACAACAGCAAGGCGACCGCUAUAGCAGCGGCAGCACCAACCAACAGUAACCGUCGCAGUCGCAGUCGCAGUCGUAGUAGUCGCCGUAACGCACUCAAACGACAAAUCAGUCAGUCUACGGCCGUCGGCAAGACAACAACGUGCGCGGCUAAAAAACCGUUGACUACAGCGACAACAUCUAGCAAAGUUGCCAGCAAUUGUAACAGUAGCAACAUUAACUCGAAUUCGAACUUAGUGAGAAAUCAUCGCACGCGCACGCGAUCCUUGAGCAAAGACAGUAACAAUAUCAGUAACAGUAACAGUAAUUUGAAUAGUAACAGUGUUUGCAAUAGUGUUAACAAUAACAGCUGCAGCAACGGCGGCGCAACGGCAACCGCUGCCUUCAUGAGUAGCGCUGCUGCGGCUGCUGCGGGUGCCGCUGGUGGUGCACUCUACACUAACAACAACAUUACCAACAACAACAAUAACAACAGCAAUAACAAUAACAGCAACAUCACGAGCAGCUCAAACCUAAGCCCAACAGCAGCAACAAUUGCCACAACAGCAGCAGCAACAACAGCAACUGCAUUAUCCGGCUCCAGUUCGCCGGGCUCCGUGAAUUCGGCAUCAUCGCUGCUUAGCGCAGCCUUUGGCAAUCUAUUUGGCGGCUCCUCGGCGAAAAUGUUAAACGAGCUGUUCGGGCGACAAAUGAAGCAGGCCCAGGAUGCCACCAGUGGGCUGCCACAGAGUCUCGACAAUGCCAUGUUGGCAGCGGCAAUGGAAACGGCCACGAGUGCCGAUCUGCUGAGCGCUGCUGGGCUGGUCAGCAGUUUAAAUACCAGCAAAUUGCUCAAUAAUGUUAAUAAUAACAACAACAAUAAUACGCCGCUCAGCAACGGCAACAACAACAACAACAACAAUGCUUCUAUAUCGCCAGGAUCGGCACACUCGUCCACUACCAAAGGUGGCAGCAGCCGGCGUGUCUCCAACUGUAGCGAUCGCUCGCUGGAUGGUAAUCUGGCAGCAGCAGCAACAACAGCAGCAACAGAUGCUGCCGGUGGCUCACCGCCGCGUGCGGCUUCGGUAAGUUCGUUGAAUGGUGGCGCCAGCAACACAAACGAACAGCAGCAACUGCAGCAUGAUUUAGUGGCGCAUCACAUGUUGCGCAAUAUACUGCAGGGCAAGAAAGAGCUGAUGCAGCUCGAUCAGGAGCUGCGCACGGCCAUGCAGCAACAGCAACAGCAACAACAGCAGCAGCAAAAUCAUGAAAAGCACCAACAGGAGCUGCACUCCAAGCUCAAUAACAACACUACCACCAAUAACAACAACAACGUCGUCUCAGAGAGCAUCAAUUUGAUUGAGGACAGCGAAAUGCCAGAGAUUAAAAUCAAAAGUGAGCCUGAGUUGAUGGCAUCAGCAACACAGGCGCCGCAUUCCCCACAUGGCGGCAGCAGCCACAGCCACAGCAGCAACAGCAGCAGCAGCCACAGCCACAACAGCAGCAACAACAGCAUCGCUAGCAAUGGCAGCCUGAGACGCAAAUCCUCCGAUUCACUGGACAGCAUGCAGCGAGAGGAGCGUGCCACGCCCGCGACAACAGUUGAGCCACAGCUUCAGAAUGAGGUGCUGCCGACAAAAAAGGAAGCCGUGGAUGAUAUGCUGGACGAGGUGGAACUGUUGGGCCUGUCUGGUCAUGGGCAUUCGCGCAACUCUGAUCUGGAAUCGCUGGCAUCGCCCAGUCACUCGGACAUGUUGCUGCUGGACAACAGCAAGGACGAGGUGCUGGACAACGAUGACAUCAUCGAGGAUGACGAGGACGACGAUGAUGACGACGAUGAUUGUAUUGAGACAAAACGUGAGUCCAACACUAGCGGCUCCAACUGCCUCAAAAAACCCGGCAUGGAGCUGAAGCGUGCCCGUGUCGAACACAUUGUGUCCAGCAUGCGCUGCAGUCCCUCCGCAACGGCCCAAGCUGGCCAAUUGCAGGUGAAUGGCUGCAAGAAGCGCAAGCUGUAUCAGCCCCAACAGCACGCCAUGGAGCGAUAUGUGGCCGCGGCGGCGGGUCUCAAUUUUGGCCUGAAUCUGCAGAGCAUGAUGCUCGACCAGGAGGACAGCGAAUCCAAUGAGCUGGAAUCGCCGCAGAUACAGCAAAAGCGCGUGGAGAAGAAUGCGCUGAAGUCACAGCUGCGCUCCAUGCAGGAACAGCUGGCCGAGAUGCAACAGAAAUAUGUGCAGCUGUGCACGCGCAUGGAGCAGGAGUCCGAGUGCCAGGAGCUGGACAACGAGCACGAACAGGACAUGGACAGCAUGGAGCAGGAACAGGAACAGGAACAGGAGCAGGAGCAGGAGCAGGAGCCAGAGCCGUUGCAGCAACAAAACGAUGACAUCGAGCUCUCCCACUCACCCACGCUCAGCGAAUCGACGCCCAAGGAAUCAGCAGAACGUGCCGGCUCCAGUUCGCCCACAUUGAAGCCACAGAGCAGCAGCAGCAAUAAGAGCAGCAGCGACAAUGUUGCUGCCACCACGCCCAAUAUGCUCACACAGAUGAUGUCCAAAAUGAUGUCCAGCAAGCUGCAGCAUCAGCACAAUCCGCUGGUGGGCGUGGCGCAUCCAGCACUGCCCCAGGGCUUUCCGCCACUGCUGCAACAUAUGGGCGAUAUGUCGCAUGCGGCUGCCAUGUACCAGCAAUUCUUUUUCGAGCAGGAGGCUCGCAUGGCCAAAGAAGCUGCCGAGCAACAGCAGCAACAGCAGCAGCAGCAACAGCAACAGCAGCAACAACAGCAGCAGCAGCAACAGCAACAGGAACAGCAGCGUCGCUAUGAGCAGGAGCAGGAGCAGCAGCGACGCAAGGAAGAGCAACAACAGCAGCUGCAUCGUCAGCAGCAACAUUUGCAACAGUUGCAGCAACAGCAGCAGCAGAUGGAGCAUCAUGUUGCUGCUGCAGUGCCACGUGUUCAGUUGCAUCCGCCCGCCCGUCUGCCCACACGCAUGGGCGGCGCUGCUGCAGCGGCUGCUGCUGCCGCACAUAGUGUGCUCAAGUCCGAGCUAUCCGAGAAGUUUCAAAUGCUGCGCCAGCACAACAGCAGCAGCAACAGCAAUAACAGCAGCAGCAACAACAACAACAGCAAUAAUAACAGCUCCAUGAUGCGCAUGUCCGGCACCGAUUUGGAGGGCCUCGCCGAUGUGCUGAAAUCAGAAAUAACCACAUCGCUGUCCGCUCUGGUGGACACAAUUGUUACACGUUUCGUGCAUCAGCGUCGCCUGUUCAGCAAACAGGCGGAUUCGGUAACGGCGGCCGCCGAGCAGCUCAACAAGGAUCUGAUGCUGGCCUCCCAGAUACUCGAUCGCAAAUCGCCGCGCACCAAAGUCGUCGCCGAUCGCGGACUCAGCGGCAACAGCGGCCAUCCGGGCGCCCAGAACGGUCCGACGCCAGCAACACAAUCAGGUAAUAAUGGUUCAAUACUAUUAGCUAAUAGUCAGCAGGCGAGUCAGGGUCAGGGCAACAGCAGUAGUGCUGUCAAUGCAAAUCAGCAGCAGCAGCAGCAACAACAACAGCAUCAACUUGCACAGCAGCAGCAGCAGCAGCAACAACAGACCGCACAGCAGCACCAACAGCAACAGCAGCAACAACAGCAGCAACAGCAGCAACAACAGCCGCCACAGCCGCAACAUGCCCUAAAUCAAUCGCAAGUUAUGUCUGCCAUGGCAGCUGCGCAGCAGCAAUUGCCAAAUUGCCAGCAGCUGAUUGCUGCUCCCCGUCUCAAUGGCAAUCAAUUGUCGUUUGCCUCACCCGCGGCCGCUGCUGCCGCAGCCAUGGGCUUGCAAAUGCAUCAUGCUGCCGCCGCGGCUGCCAUGCAGCAGCAGCAGCAGCAACAGCAACAACAGCAACAGGCUGGUGAGGCGGCUGUUGCUGGCGGCAAUGCGGUCAAUACUGUUAACCAAACGAAUGCAACUAACAAUAGUUUAAGUUCACUUAAUAUACCACCACCUCACAUACGUCCCUCGCCCACAGCGGCGGCCAUGUUUCAGGCGCCCAAAACGCCCCAGGGCAUGAACCCGGUAGCUGCGGCUGCGCUCUACAAUUCGAUGGCAAGUCCCUUCUGCCUGCCGCCCGAUCAACAGCAACAACAGCAGCAGCAGCAACAGGCCGCGCAGCAGCAACAGCAACAGGCCGUGCAACAACAGCAUCAGAGCGCCCAACAGACCCAACAACAGCUGGAGCAGAAUGAGGCCUUGAGCCUGGUGGUGACACCCAAGAAGAAACGACAUAAGGUCACCGAUACACGCAUCACGCCGCGUACCGUCAGCCGCAUAUUGGCUCAGGAUGGCGUUGUGCCGCCUAGUGGACAGGCAGCUGCCGCAGCAGUUGCUGCCGCACAACAACAACAACAACAACAACAGCAGCAGCAGCAGCAACAACAACAGCAGCAGCAACAGAGCAGCAAUGGUAGCAGCAACAACAACAAUAAUGCAACGCCCGCACAGAGCCCAACGGGUCGCGGCCAGGCCGCAGGCACAUAUCAUCCACCGCCACCACCACCACCACCCAUGAUGCCAGUGUCUUUGCCCACCUCAGUGGCCAUACCAAAUCCAUCGCUGCACGAAUCUAAAGUAUUUUCGCCGUAUAGUCCAUUCUUCAAUCCGCAUGCGGCGCCGGGUCCACACGGUCCGCCACAUGGCGGUCAGCCCACAGCUGCACAGUUGCACCACCAGCACCACCAUCAGAUGCAGCUUUCAUCGAGUCCGCCAGGCAGCCUGGGCGCAUUGAUGGAUUCGCGCGACUCACCGCCACUGCCACAUCCGCCAACGAUGCUCCAUCCCGCUCUUUUGGCAGCUGCCCACCAUGGCGGCUCACCGGACUACAAGACCUGCCUGCGAGCCGUCAUGGACGCCCAGGAUCGGCAGUCCGAGUGUAACUCGGCCGACAUGACAUUCGAUGGCAUGCAGCCUACUAUAUCCUUUUUAAAACAACAACAACAACAACAAUCGCAGCUAUCCGGAGCGCACUCAGUGCCAAUGGUCAACAAUCAUUGCGAAUCCUUGACUCCUCUGCACUCUUCUACAUUGACACCGAUGCACCUGCGCAAGGCCAAGCUGAUGUUCUUCUGGGUGCGCUACCCGAGCUCAGCGGUGCUCAAGAUGUACUUUCCGGAUAUAAAAUUCAACAAAAAUAAUACAGCACAAUUGGUGAAAUGGUUCUCGAAUUUUCGAGAAUUCUACUACAUACAAAUGGAGAAAUAUGCACGACAAGCUGUCACUGAAGGCAUCAAGACACCCGAUGAUCUGUUGAUUGCUGGAGAUAGUGAAUUAUAUCGCGUGCUCAAUUUGCACUACAAUCGCAAUAAUCACAUUGAGGUACCCCAAAAUUUUCGCUUUGUGGUCGAACAGACACUGCGUGAAUUUUUCCGUGCAAUACAGGGUGGCAAAGACACCGAGCAAUCGUGGAAGAAAUCUAUAUACAAAAUAAUCUCACGCAUGGACGAUCCCGUGCCCGAAUACUUCAAGUCGCCGAAUUUUUUAGAGCAACUGGAAUAAGUGGAGGAGUUGGCUAUGCCAACGAUGCCACCACCCCAGAAUCAACCUACGAACCCUGCUAUGACUACCACAACAACAACUGCAACAACAGCAAUGCCGAAAGCGAAGCGAAAACAAAAGUUAAAAAGUUAAAUCUACGUAAGAAAUACAACUGGAUAUAAUGCAUAUAUAACAUUUGUAUUAUGUGCACACUCACACCAAAGAGGCAACACUUUUCUUAGGUAUUCCCCGGAUUUUUCUUUUGGCCUGUCGUCGAAAAUGAAUAGAAUAACCACAACCACAAGAAAGAAAUCAAAUUGCAAUCGGAAAAUAUUUCUGUAGAGCCGUAAAAUAUUUUUUUUAAAAUUUCGCAAAAUGCCGUCGUCGCUCUCUGGAGCUAAACAAAAGCAACAAAAUACACAAUAAUAGGCGAAAGUCGCAUUAGGUUUAAUGCAACAGCAAAAUCAAAUAAAAACACACUUACACACACAUACACACACAAUAUAUAUAAACAUGCCUCAGCCUAAAACGUGAGCGCUGAAAAGUAUGCAACGCUUUUGAUCAUCUACCAAAUGUUGUUCCAUCAAAAGAAAAAAAACAAGAAAUAUAGUGCAAAUUUAAAACCUGAGCCGGUAAAGACACCAGCACUCUCACACUCACACCUACACACACACACACACACACACACACACACACAUAAACGCAUACACUACAAUUGUAUCUAUACAGAGUGUAAACUGUACUCUGACCGUUGGGGAUGCUAGUUGAAAUUUUUUAAAAAAUAUUUUUACUAUACGUUUAUAUUACAAAUACAUACAUAGUUGAGCAAUCUAUUAAUCUACCGAAAGUUGACACACAUUCCAAAGACACAAUCUAAUCACAAACAAACACAUACACACACACUUUUACACUUCGGUACAGUUUUCGCAGAAAUUUAAAGUGUGUUUUUCCAGCCGAUUGAAAAGUUCUUUGCAGCUGGAGCUGUAAUUGAUCCAAUUGCAGACAAACUUUUCUGAACAUCUUUUAGACGGCAAUGUUGCACAAGCUUUAAAAAAGUGUCCUGCAAUGUUGUCGCAAGAACAUAAAACAAAUUAACCAAGUUCAGGUUGCUUAUUUCCUUUUAACAUUAAGCACAAUUCAAUGUCUAUAAAAAAGCAAAAAAAAAAAAAAUACAAAAAAAAAAAAUAACAAAAAAACAAGAGAAAAUUAAUCAAGAAAAACGUAAUAAUUCGCGAGUAGUAUUUACAAAGAAAAAAAUUAAUAAUAAUUUGUAUUAGCAGCGGGCGUUAGGGUAGUUAAAUUUAUUUAAUGUUAUGCAAACAAAAAUACAACCAAAGUUUAUUGUUAAUGAGCUAAAUUUGAAUGCGAUUUUUUAUUUUAAAACAUGGCCCAUCUUUAAAUAAAAAUUUUUGAAUGCACCUAAUUGUGCACGCAUAUUAAUUUUUUAAAACCAACACACACACAUACACACAAACACACACACACACACUAGUCUGUUAUUUAUGUACAUAUACGUUUAAUUGAAUAGCAUUCGAUUUAAGUUUAUGUUUAGUUUAAUUUACUUGGCCUUAAGUUGCAACAAAUAUAUAAAAAACCAAAUAUAUACACAAAACAAGAAAACCACAUUAAAAUCAAAACAUUUGAGUUUCUUUUCUUAUAUGUUAUCGAUCCCACAUUUUAUCGUUUUGAAUAUUGAAUAUGUGCCGCCGGCUGUGUACCUCAGUAUGCACUUUCAUUUCACACCAAGCAUGGAAAGUGGGCGGGUUAAGAGGGAUAUGUUUGCCUGCUCUGAUCGUAUGGGGCGGGCAAACGGGUGCUGCACAACACCAAUAGCAGCACACCAACAAUAACAAUAACAACAACAACAACAACAACAAAAUAACAUUCAUCAAAGCAUGCAAACACAUAAAAACAUCGCGAAAAUAUCGAAC